AUGAAUUUUGACGAUGACGCUCCUCCAGAGCUUGUUGAUACUGCGGGACUGGAGGAGGUGAUGGAAAUCGCUGUCAAAGUGCCCAUCACAAUUGUCACUGGCUAUCUUGGAGCUGGAAAAACAACAUUGUUGAAUUACAUUCUUACGGCGCAACACGGCAAGAAAAUUGCCGUGAUUAUGAAUGCGUUGGAUAUUGAAAAGUCACUUACCGUCAACAAAGGCGACGAAAAAGUGGAAGAGUGGCUAGAAGUUGGCAAUGGCUGCAUCUGUUGCUCAGUCAAGGACACUGGUGUCAACGCAAUCGAGUCACUGAUGGCGAAGAAGGGCGCAUUUGACUACAUUUUGCUAGAGACCACGGGCUUGGCUGACCCCGGCAACCUUGCCCCUCUCUUUUGGGUCGACGACGGCCUCGGCAGCACAAUCUAUCUUGAUGGUAUUGUGACGCUAGUAGAUGCAAAGAACAUCCUGAAGAGCCUCGACGACCCCAGCGGCAAGGUUGAAGGCCACGACCAUGACGGACACGGCCCUGUCAUGACUACCGCUCACGUUCAAAUCUCGCAUGCAGAUGUCAUCGUCAUCAACAAGGCGGAUUUAGUCACCAAAGAAGAGCUGCAAAGCGUGAAGGACCGAAUACAGUCUAUAAACGGCCUGGCCAAGAUCCAUAUCACGGAAAAGAGCGUUGUACCGAAGUUGGAAGGAUUCCUGCUUGACUUGCACGCCUACGAUCAAUUCAACGAACCGGAACCGAAAACCAACGCGCACAGUCACCUUGAUCCUAACCUAUCAACCAUUACAAUCCCAGUAGACACGCUGAAGCCCACCCAGCUUGAGCAAGUUGACAAGUGGCUCAGGCAAGUAUUGUGGGAGAAUGAGCUCCCUGGUACCGACGAAGCCCAGAAAUUCGAAAUACACCGCUGCAAAGGUCGGCUGAUAUUCGACAAUGGCGAGAUAAAGAUGUUACAAGGUGUAAGGGAGAUUUUUGAGCUGAUUGAUGCUCCAACCAGUGAUGAACCCACUCCCGCUUCCGGGAAGAUCAUCUUUAUCGCGCGACGUGGCGCUCGACCAAAACCAUCGCGCUACCCGACCUUGUGCUCCUCGGUAGUGUUGGCCGCGAGCCUUGCGCAAGAGCCGCUAUCCAGUACGCAAAGCGUAGAUGCCGAAUCUACCGGGCACCACGGAAGGGAUCGCAGGCUGUUUACUGAAACUCGCUCGGCGACACAUCAGCUCAUGUCUGUUGCUAACGUAGCGAUCACAGGUGGCGGCGUACCGCAAACACUCCGAGGGAUGCCAGGCAACUUUGGAGGCCAACAACAGCAACCCCAGCAGCAGCAAAAUCGUGCUGUUUCGAGUCGAUUACCGAACGGAAAGUUAGCGUCAGGAAAUAGCAACUCUAGCUGGGCCUUUAGCGGAGCUGUACCCAUGGGGAAUAACAGCAACGGAGGCUUUCAGACUCCGAAUCGGCAACUGGGGGGAGGUAUCAGCUUUGCCCAAAGCUUAGGAGGAUCGCAGCAGGCAGCACCCCUCGACUUAUCCGAAUUUCCUUCUUUAUCGAACAACUCCCAACUCGGCAACCCUUCGCAAGCCUCGAUGUGGUCGACGGCUGGUUCAAGGAACGUGAGCGCACCCGUGCAACGUAACCAACCAACUCCUCUAUCAUCUCAACAUACGGGUCAAGAAGAGCUUUACAACUCAAACCCGAGAUCGACGGCGAAUCCGGGCUCUCUACGUUUCGGACAUCAACUAGGACAGCAGGUCACGCCAAGUAGUGUGGAUGACUUUCCUCCUCUAAACAGGACCGUUAAUGGUGAAGAGAGGAGUGCCAGCUUAAUGUCGUCGCUGGGGAUCAGUGCGCAAAGCGCAUCAUCUCCAGGGCUGACAGGGAACAGAGGGAAUGGCUUACUGAAUGCACUGUCGGCAAAUAACAGAGCCAAUGAGCCAAGAUCGCAGGUUUCGGCAAUUGGUGCAGGUUCUUCGGCACAGCUACCGGAAGACGACAGUCGUUCACGGGCAGCUGAUCGCUUAAGCAAACAGCUCGCAAACAUUGGCAAUGGAGGAGGCUCACCGGGCCUGUCGCUUCAGGAUAGCCUUAUCAACAAGUUAAAAGGAGAUGAAGCACAAGGCGCUGUAGAUCCUCUUGCUGGAAUGCCCGAUGCCGACAAAUGGGGGCUCAAGGGUAUGCGAACGCUCAUGAACAAUUAUCCCGACUACCAUGCAUUGGUCGUUGGAAUGGACCCAAACUCGCUGGGUCUUGAUAUUCAAUCACCGGACCCGAUUUCGACUCAGAUUUAUUCGUUGUUUGACGAUAAUCUGCCGAAACCGACAGUUCACGCCAGUAAAUUUCGUCUUCCUGAUUGCUACAAUGUCACCAACGUUCAAGCUAUUGAGACCAAGACUGCCAGUUUCAAUGAGGAGACAUUAUUCUGGAUAUUUUACAGCUGUCCCGCCGAUAUCAAGCAGCAAAUGGCAGCACAGGAAUUGCAUGGGCGUAACUGGCGUUGGCAUCGAAAGCUGCAGAUCUGGCUCACCAAAGAUGAGCAAAUGGCUCCUCAGAUGCUUGGCCCGAGUCAUGAAAGAGGAUGGUACAUUGUCUGGGAUGCCAGCCACUGGCAAAAGGAAAGAGUGUCACGGCAGGACUCGGCAGGCUGGGGAAUUGUUAAUACGUUUUCUAUCAUGAUUUAUUCCGCAAUUGCUUGCGACGCGUGUAGUUGGGUCGGUGACGACCAGCGAACACCGGCUGCUUCUGGGCGGCGCCCCAGUUGCGGUCAAUAUGACCCGUAUCCACAUAAGGCUGCGGAGCCGCAGACACGCGACAGUCGAGUUCUGAUUUCGUCUUUUUCUUAUUCAGACUCAAGAGGAAUUAUGUUUUGGCGAAAGCAUUUUGCCUACGGAGUCUCUGGUGUAACUGCAGUUGCUGUUCCUGCCGAAGAGGGACACGAAUAUCCCCUCGUGCCGUGGCGAACCGGCAUCACAAGCUCCGACAAUCCCACGCCCGCCUGCUACAGCAACAUUGCUAAAGUCGCAAAGACGUCAGAACGACGCGUGCUGGUUUUUGCCGGCCUAGUCAUUCGCUAUCUAUUCUUCUCUGGUACAUCUUCUCAAACGACGACACGAUCGCCCGAGGCCUUUUUGCGAUCGAGAGAGGUGGCGGUCGAGCGGAUACAGCAAAUGUUUCCCCAGGCGGACCGGCGAGGCAUACUCUGGGACCUCCAGCGCAACGGCGGCAACAUACAAAGCACAACAGAGCGGAUAUUGUCUGGCCGCCUAGAAACACCUCCCGUUACCUUCCAGCCCCCGCCACCGCCUGGCCAAAGUGCCUCGGCUCAUGGUGCGCCGGCAACGCGGCAGGUGGACAAGCCUACGCAGCCCGACCUCAUCACGCGAUACAACCUUCAAGACAAGAUCGGUUCUCAGAUAACAACCAGUGACGACAACAAGGGCAAGGGUUGGAGCUCCAAUCGCGAAGAGAGACAGGCGUCCCUGCAGCGGCGGCGGGAUGAGAUGAUCCUGGCUGCGCGCCAGAAGAUGCAAGCCAAGAUGGCGGCAGAAACUCUGGCAACGCCUCAAUAA